AAAAAAAUUCUCAAAAUAAUCCAAUCAAAUCAAGUCGAACAUAGCCGAAGCCUCGAACCCAAGCAUGGCCAGAGACUGACAGAACACAGACGACCUCCAUCGUCGUUCAUGUGAAAGAACAGUUGAGCUGUUUACUCUCUCUGCUCUCAUAUUCACAUCAAGCAAAGCACUACAACCUUCUUUACCUCGCUAUGGCAACACAACGGUUAUUUUUUCAAACACCCUCACUCAGAAGAACAACGCCUUCAGUUUCUAUUCAUCAAUUCAUCAGAACCACAGCAACCCAAACCCUAGAAACUCCAUCCAAACAAACCCACCCAUCGAUUGAAUUACCAGAUUCGUCAACACCCAUCUCCAUUUCCGACUCCUUCAUGGUUGAAAAGAUUUUGUGGAGUCUCAAACAAGGUAAUAAGUCCAAUUCUCCUCAUAGUUAUCUGUUUCAAUUAAACCCCUCAAUUUUCGUUGAUGUUCUUUAUCGAUGCCAUGAGAAUUUGCAAAUGGGUCAGAGGUUUAUUGAUUUAAUUGCCACAAAAUAUCCUAAUUUCAAGCACUCAUCGAUUUCGUUGAGUGCUGCGAUUCAUAUAUUGGCUAGGAGUCGGAGGGUAUCAGAUGCCCAGGCUUUGAUUCUUCGGAUGGUUCGAAAGAGUGGUGUUUCGCGGGUUGAGAUUGUCGAUUCGUUAGUUUCGACUUAUCGAAAUUGUGGCUCGAAUCCACUUGUUUUUGAUUUGUUAAUUAGGACUUAUGUGCAAGCUAGGAAGUUGAGGGAAGCUACAGAGGCGUUUCGCGUGCUGAAAAGUAGAGGUUUUUGUGUGCCUUUAAAUGCUUGUAAUUGUCUUCUUGGAGGGCUUGUUAAGGUUGAGUGGGUGGACUUAGCUUGGGAAGUGUAUGGGGAAAUCGUUAGAAGUGGGAUUGAAGUGAAUGUUUAUACACUAAACAUCAUGGUUAAUGCAUUGUGUAAAGAUCGGAAACUGGAAAAUGCAAAAUUGUUUCUUUCUGAAAUGGAAGACAAAGGAAUUUUUUCUGAUAUUGUGACAUAUAAUACUUUGAUUAAUGCAUAUUGUCGUGAAGGGCUUAUAGAAGAAGCUUUUGAGUUAAUAAACUCGAUGUUGAGUAAGGGUUUAAAACCAUGUCUUUUCACUUAUAAUGCAAUAAUAAAUGGUUUAUGUAAGAAUGGAAAAUAUGCCAGAGCAAAGGAAGUUUUGGAUGAAAUGUUGCAGAUUGGACUAAGCCCCGAUGCUACCACUUAUAACACACUGCUUGUUGAGUGUUGUAGGAACGAUAAUAUGUCUGAUGCUGAAGCAAUUUUUGAUGAAAUGUUUCUUAGAGGUGUUGUUCCUGAUUUAGUCAGUUACAGUUCACUUAUCGGAUUGUUUUCAAGGAAUGGGCAUCUUGAUCGGGCAUUAGAAUAUUUUAAGGGUAUGAAGAGUGUUGGCCUAAUACCAGACAAUGUAAUUUACACUAUUCUUAUUGGUGGGUUUUGUAGAAAUGGAAUGAUCUUGGAAGCUUUGAAGGUGCGGGAUCAAAUGCUGGAGCAGGGUUGCUUUAUGGAUGUGGUUACUUACAAUACUAUUUUGAAUGGGUUGUGCAAAGAGAAGAUGCUUUCCGAUGCCGAUCAGCUUUUCAAUGAAAUGGUGGAAAGGGGUGUAUACCCUGAUUUUUGCACUUUUACCACACUAAUGCAUGGAUAUUGUAAUGAUGGGAAUAUGAACAAAGCCCUGAGCUUGUUUGGGUCAAUGCUUGAGAGGAAUCUCAAGCCAGAUGUUGUAACGUACAAUAGUUUAAUUGAUGGAUAUUGCAAGGAAGGUGAAAUGAAUAGAGCUAAUGAGUUAUGGGAUGAUAUGAUUGCUAGGAACAUCUUUCCUAAUCACAUUACAUACAGCAUUCUGAUCAAUGGAUUUUGUAGUCAGGGUCGUGUAUCUGAGGCAUUCAGAUUGUGGGAUGAGAUGGUUGGAAAAGGUAUUGAGCCCACUGUUGUGACUUGUAACACUGUUGUAAAAGGCUAUUGCCGGUCUGGGGAUGCAGCAAAGGCAUAUGACUUUUUGAAUAAGAUGACUUCCAAAGGAGUUGUUCCUGAUAGCAUUACAUUCAACACUCUUAUACAUGGAUUUAUAAAAGAAGAGAAUAUGGACAAAGCACUUGACUUGGUUUAUAAAAUGGAAAAUCAAGGACUAUUACCUGAUGUUGUUACAUACAAUGUGAUUCUGGAUGGUUUCUGUAGAGAAGGUAGAAUGCAAGAAGCAAAUUUGGUAUACAAGAAGAUGACUCAGAGGGGCGUGAAUCCUGAUAGAUCCACAUAUGUAUCAUUGAUAAAUGGACAUGUCACACUAAACAAUUUGAAGGAAGCAUUUCGAUUCCAUGAUGAAAUGUUGCAGAGGGGUUUUGUGCCAGAUGAUAAAUUUUAAUUUUUUCACUUUUGUAAUCAUGAAAAGCUAUGACUUAAUGAAUUGUGCCAUUUGAUACAUUUUAAUUGCUCAUGUAUUGCCCAUUGACCCAUAAGUACGAGAUUGGAUACAUGAAGACUAUAUAAUAUUGUAAUCACCACUGAGUCUCAAAUUGCGAGGAUAAUGAAGAAGAGUGUUCUUUUGACGGUGGGGGAGAGGCAAGUCUAUGAUCAUGGGUAAAGUUUUUAGUUAUCUUAACUUAUCAAAAUAAAAACAAAAAGUUUUCAUAUCGUAAUGUUUCCAAUAUUUUUUUUAAUGCAUUAUUAGCUGUCUUCUUUCACUGCAUGUUUGUGUGAUGAAAUAUAUUGCCAUGGAGCCAAAGGGCAGUGCCAUAGAGGCCCCAUCAUAAUUUGUGCUAUUUGUCUUGGCCAAUAGAACUGUGCAGUAAUAGAUAGAAGUUUUUGUUUUAAAUUGGAGUAAUAGAUAGAAGCUAGAUGACUUACAUUUGUUACUAUUGCAAUAGACAUCAUACCAUGCUAUGGAAUUUGUAUUGGAAUGAGUGUAUGUAGACUAUAAUGUUCAUUCAUGUUCUCCUUUGCAUCAAUUAGGUUCAUGCUUUAUAAUCAUUCUUCACCUUUUUGGCCAGGUGAGAGUUUUGCAUGUUGGUCCUUCGCAAUCAUGUAACUCUAAUUUUUUUUUUUUGCAAAUAACUUUUAAUCUAGGGUAAAUUAGAUUGACCUCCCCUUGUGAGGUUUGGGAAAAAUAAAAUAAGCCAUAUAGUUUUGACGUAAUUACACCAACCUCCCCUCCACUAAUGAUAGAAUAAACAAUAAAUGAAUUUUCCCCCUCGUAUAUUUUGUGUUUAACAGUUAAAUUUAACUUGAAUGAGAAAUUACGAAUUGAUCCCUCUUCAAUAAGGUUGUUUUUGUGUCCCCAUCUCUUUCUCCCACUCUUGGAUGAACCUGCUCCUCCCCCUCCUCCCCAGAAGUUGAUCCCUCUCUUCUCAGCUAGCCACCACCCACUCUUACCCCUCUGGCAUAUCCCCUCCAUCAUUGCCAACCCACCCUCUUUUUCCCUCUAGUGCCACUACAACCACCCAAUCACCACCUAGCCACCGCCCAAUCAAUAUGCAAAAUGUGUCCUCUCUUAUCUCAUCAUGCUUGUGGCUAGGGGUUUUUUGCAUUGUUCACAACAGGUACUUAUUUAAUAUUUUAGGAAUAUCGUGUGGUAUUGGUUGUGUGGUGGUCCAAACCAAUAGCGUAGCAGGGAAUCUUGUGGAUUAAACAUAGUAACUCAUCAUUAUUAGAUAGUUGGGAGAUAAUGGGCAAAUCACUUAGUGUGAGUUCGAUUUCUCAUGCCGGGAGCACCACGUAGGCAAUGCCACAUAGUAUUCCGGAAUUAUCUAACAAUUUUCAUUCAAAACACAUCGUUUAUGAACAAUACCAUCUCUCUAAUAUUUUUCUUUCAAAUAAAAAUUAAAUAUAUUUUAUAAUAAUUUGUGCUAUAAAUGUUACGUUUUAUUUUCUAAAAUUUGCAAACUUACAUCACUAUCGUGUGCCGAGUUAUUCCACACUAUCAUAGAAUUUUGAUUUGAAUAUCUAAUUUUUUAUGUUUAAUUUUAGCUCAUAAAAUUAUUGUCUUAUUGUUGAUCACGAAAAGAAAAAUUUUGAAAUUGUAAUUAAUGGGUGCCCCCUCUGGCUCCGCUACUGCCCUCCAUCAUUGCCAACCAACCCUCUUUUCCCCUCCAGUGCUGCCACAACCGCAUGAUCACCUUGCAACCACCAUCAUUGCAAUGGCCACGAUCCUAGCUGCCCCUCUCAUCUCUCUCAGAACCAACUCCCAAAGCAAUGUCCACCUUGAUUCUUGAUUGCUGAUGCUUUCUCUAAUUGCUCUUAGCAGCUUGUGGCCAUACAAACAGAAAAAUAAAUUGCAAAAUGGAGCAGCAAAUGCAACAACUCAACAUCUAAUUACAUGACUAAUUUUCAGCUCUCAUUUCAUCUCUUCUCUUGUUUAGUUUGUGAUUUUUUUUCAUUACCCGUCAAUUCUAUCGUUUGUUAUACUAAGAAUAGAGGAAACCCAGUUUGUGGUACCCUUGCAACCUCCAAUAAAUCACAUAGAAAAAUUCUCUCACAGAAGCAUUCAAUUUUUUAAAGUUUGCUCACAUGGAAUAUAAGAGUGCUGGGUAUUUUCGUUCAUGGUUUGUGUUUUGGGUUUUACUUUGUGAUUAUUCCUUCAGGUAUUGUAAAUGUUUUUGAGUGGUAAAGAGAACACGAGGAUGGUUGUGGCAGACUCACAAUUAUGAAAACAUCCAAUAAGAGUGAGAGGGAUGAGUAGAGUGAAGGAGGGGUCAUGACUUUAUUAGUUGUGUAUGAAGCAAAAUGGUUGCUCCGAAAUUGGGCCGAGUUGAAGAGUGAUUUGGAAGUUAUUGUCGGACAAAUUUCAGACAGCAAUAGUGGAACAAAGCCACUAAAAACCCCUAACCAGUGUAACAACAAAAUUGAGGCGAUGAAGAAGAAAAUGUAUCAAAUGGAAUCUGCCGUAAAUAACCAUUUUGUUCUAGCAUCAUGGUGUUCCCAAAAACUGUGGGGCUAAGCGUAAUUUCUUCAUACCUUGGGAGAGUUCAGUGUAAUUUACUCUUUAAUCAGUUUUGUCUUCUGUUUUGAUAACCAAAUGACCUCUAUUGUUGGGUUGGUCAUUUCUAUUUCCUUUACACUGCUCCAUGUGUGCUGAUUUCAUUUUUCCAGGGAUUUCAAGUUGGGAGCUUUCGAUAACAAAUUGACAAUUAACUUGGAAAAAAUGCCACCUCGACUUAUUUGAGGAGAUCGGUCUUCUCAUAAUAUGUUUGAGCCAAAAACAGGCUGCUUCCCUUAGAUCUGUUGCAGAUUCUAUUAUAAUAUAUGUUCAAUAUGAAAUGGUUGGAGAUUAACCUCUGAUUAAGCAUUCUUCACAUUCAUCCCUCAGCAAGCAAGGAAAAUAAGGACUGCAAUUUUAGUUUUGAAAGAAUGCAAACAACAGUGGGAAUACCUGCAACUGCAUUUGAUGGAAAUGAUUUUAACAAAGAGCCACUCAGUCAACCCGUUUGCAGUAUAUAGACUGGAAGCUUGGAAUUCUGCUGCAAUAGGAAAUAAUGUGGCAAUGAUGAAAUUUUUAAGCGGAAUUUGCUUAUCAAAUGAUUUUUUAUCACUGCAUUGGUGCAACAGUAUAUAUUUAUUGUACUGAUGAAUGGAAUACAUGUAAAACACGUCAGUAUAGAUAAAUUUGAUUAUUUUGGGUGUAUAUGUUUCGGUAAAGUUUAAUUUGUUGUAUUUUUCUUUCCGAUGUAACCCAAAAAAAAAAAAAAAGUUU